AUGCAACAUCAUUAUGCUGAUAUGCUCCAUAAAGUAACUGCUUGGAUUGCCAUAUGCAGGGAAGUUAAGAACAGGCAAAGCUCUAACCUUACGAGCCAGGUGCAGCCAACAAAAGCAAGGUCAGCAGAGACAGCACUGUGGGUGCCACACCCAAAGACAGGGAUCUACUACCCCAGGGGCUUUGAGUGGGUCAUGGAGGAUGUCCCAAGCAGCGCAGCAACGUUCCAGCAGACAUACUGGCUCAGGAGCGGCGACGCAGACACAGCAAGCUCUCCCACGUCAACCGACGGCACAGCUGCCUUUGAUAAUCCAUUUCUGUGA